ACGGAAAAGAAAGUGUUUCCGGCUCCGGUGUCAUGGCCGGCUCCCACCCUGAAGGUGUUCCUGCAGUCCUCGCCGAUAAGAGGCAGCAGUUUGGGAGCCGGUUUCUGAACGAUCCAGCGCGCGUCUUCCACCACAAUGCCUGGGACAAUGUGGAGUGGUCGGAAGAGCAAGCCGCAGCGGCGGAGAGAAAAGUGCAGGAGAACAGUACCCAGCGGGUGUGCCAGGAGAAACAAGUUGAUUAUGAGAUCAAUGCCCACAAAUACUGGAAUGACUUCUACAAAAUCCAUGAAAAUGGGUUUUUCAAGGAUAGACAUUGGCUUUUUACUGAAUUCCCUGAGCUGGCACCUAGCCAAAAUCAAAAUCAUUUGAAGGAUUGGUUCUUGGAGAACAAGAGGAGUGAAAUAUCUGAAUGUAGAAACAGUGAGGAUGGACCUGGUUUAAUAAUGGAAGAACAGCGCAAGUGUUCUUCGAAGAGCCUUGAACAUAAAACACAGGUGCCUCCUGUGGAGGAGAAUGUAACUCAGAAAAUUAGUGACCUGGAAAUUUGUGCUGAUGAGUUUCCUGGAUCCUCAGCCACCUACCGAAUACUCGAGGUUGGUUGUGGUGUGGGAAACACAGUUUUUCCAAUUUUACAAACGAACAAUGACGCAGGACUCUUUGUUUACUGCUGUGAUUUUUCUUCCACGGCUAUAGAACUGGUCCAGACAAAUUCAGAAUAUGAUCCUUCUCGGUGUUUUGCCUUUGUUCACGACCUGUGUGAUGAAGAGAAGAGUUACCCAGUACCCGAGGGCAGUCUUGAUAUUAUCAUUCUCAUAUUUGUUCUUUCAGCAAUUGUUCCAGACAAGAUGCAGAAGGCUAUCAACAGGCUGAGCAAGCUUCUGAAACCUGGGGGGAUGAUGCUUCUGCGAGAUUACGGCCGCUAUGACAUGGCUCAGCUUCGGUUUAAAAAAGAGGAACUGGAUGUACUUUUCACCACUGCUGGGCUGGAAAAGGUUCAGAAUCUGGUGGACCGACGCCUGCAGGUGAACCGAGGGAAGCAACUGACAAUGUACCGGGUUUGGAUUCAGUGCAAAUACCGCAAGCCUCUUCUGUCCAGCACCAGCUGAGCGGCACCUGCUCUCACACGAUGCAAGCUCAUUGUGUUUGCGGGCGUUUUUCAAAAACAUUUGUAGCACCGGGCGUGGUGGUCCAUGCCUGUAAUCCCAGCCACUCAGGAGGCUGAGGCAGGGAGGAUCCGAGCCCAGGAGUCCAGCCUGGGCAACAUAGUCAGAUCCUGUCUCUGAAAGUAAUAAUGAAAAUAAAAAGAAUACAAAUGAGGUCUGUUGAUGUUGAACAAUUCAAGAAAUCAGACUUGAACCUUACACCUAGGAAAAGUUACUUUGUACCAGGAUUCUAACAAUUAUGCUUUCUUUUGUGAAGUCCUUUACACAUAAUUUUCUCAAGUUCUUUCUUUGAGAUCUCAAUCUGUCUUAGCAUUUUGUAGUAACUGAAAUUUUAUUCAUGGGAAUUGUAAAUUUUAAAACACCAAUUUAUUUCCAUGGGAAAAAAGUAUUAUAUAUUAUUAUAUUUGACUGUAAUUGCAUUAAAUCUUUUGAGAGUGCAAAUGCCGGGCUGUGCAAUUGCAGUAAAUACAUACAGAAGUUAGCGAAGAGCUAUUAAGUUGUAGGGGAAAUAAGCUGGGAAGAAUCUGAUUCGAUAUUUUCCUGACA